AUGUUGCUAGGCACUGGUAUGGCAGCUCUCGUUCUGCAGAACACGACUCUCCCGCAAUUCAAUCCAAGCAGAAUAGUAGGAAGUGUCUGUUCGAGCUCCACUAUCGUUCUCGCUGUGUACCCUACACCAAUCACUGCUUCUAACGGAUCUGUAUCCACGUCAUACAGUCUUUCUCUGGUCAACGGAUCCUCCACUCAGACCACGGUCGAUUCGGCAAUUCUUACUUCGUCAAGUUAUGGCUCAGCAGGUUCUUCAGCACCCGCCACUGGGCCAGCCUCGCUCACAACCGCUCUAAGUUUGACAAGCUCCGAUCUUCUUUCUAGCGGGAUACCAUCGUCUUCAACAGUCAGGAGUCUUUCAAGCUCUGGCGCUUCAGAGAUCAUCUCCGUAGCAACGACUGUUGCGACUUCUACGUCUGCGUCGUCUGUCCUGUCCAGCAUUGCAACUUCACUAUCAACUCGGUCGAGCUCCGCCAGUACUACCUCUCUCAACCCCAUCUCAACCAACAGGGCCUUCCUCUCAUGCCCAGCGGAUGAUGGUCUGUACUAUGCAGAUACCAACGACCGAGUCUACCAACUACGCUGCGGUACAGACGAACCAGACAAUACCAUUGGAACAAGUUCUCAGUCAUCGCUUCAGGACUGCGUGAGAGCUUGCACAAAUUUCGGGGGCUGCACAAGUGCUUCUUACGAUGUUUCAUCCAAUCUUUGUUCAUACCAGGGUACUACUUCGAGCCGCAUGAGUCUUCGCAAACGUCAGGACACCUCGACUACAGAUUCUGCCACCUUGACUGACUACGUAUGCCCCGACGUGGACGGUACGCGAUUGCUCGACUCCUCUGGCUCUAUCUUCGAGACUCAAUGCAAUACUUUCCUGCCUGCAAGCAAUACUACAAGCUUCACAGCGGAUGAUCUGGUCUCCUGUUUCAGCUUUUGUUCUAACAGUGCUGGAUGUUCGAGUGUCACUUUCCAGAACCAGAUCUGUACUCUCAUCAGCAACGGCAAUUCAGGCGCCGGAGUCUUCAGAAACAAUGUGGCUAGCGCUUUCUUGCUAGGAACGAGACAAGGGUCGGCCGCAGAAAGCUCUGCCGCAAGUACAGGUGUUGCCGAGACCUCAUCCACUGAUGUAUCACAAGCAUCGACUUCAACUGCUUCCACCACGACCGUGAUCACAAGCUCUACAAGUUCGAUCUCCAGCAUUCAAUUUUCGAAUACGAACGAUGUAUCGACACUUUCACAAACAUCGAUCACGAUUUCUAUCCCGCUGCCUACGACCAUAGUGCCGAGUUUAUCUAUCCCCUCAACUAUCGUACCGAGCUUGUCCAUCCCCACAACCAUCAUUCCGAGCUUAUCUAUUCCCGCGAUCUCUUCUAUUCCGUCGCCGGUCGUACCCUCCUUACUUUCAAGCAUAUUGUCUACUGCUAUUGGCAUUGGCAGUAGUGCCCUCCAAGUUCCGACCCCAUCGGUGGACGUCUCGGCAGUCUUGUCUCAAGUCAGUAGCUUGUUACCAACCACCAUCGAUCCACUUACAAUCUUGCCAUCAACGCUGCCAGUGCUCCCAUCUGUUUCUACUGUCAUCGGAGGCGUAACUACGCUGAUUCCGGCAGUCUCGCUUCCAUCUACAUUGCCGGUGCUUCCAUCUGCUUCCACUUUGCUCGAUGGACUGACUACACUGGUCCCGGUCAUCUCAGCUAUUCCCACUUCACUCCCAGGCGCCAUUGCAAGUGAUGCAAGUGUGAUUGCUAGCGAGAUUGGUAAUGCUGCAUCUUCGAUCCUGUCACAAGCCACCGGUGUGGUCUCGGCAAUUGGUGACCCGCUUACCCUCAUACCAUCAUCUUUGGUUGUGAUUCCAACAAUCUCAUCUCUACCAAGUGUCGAUGGGCUCACUACGCUUGUUGCGACUAUUCCAAGCGUACCAACUAUCUCACUUGUUCCAAGUGUCAUCAGCGAUGUCGCGAGCGAUGCGAGUGCUAUCGCCAGUGAAGUGGGUGAUGCUAUAUCGUCGGUGCUAUCAAACAUUCCGAUCAUCACUGCCAUCCCAACACUUCCUACACUGCCGGCCAUUCCAACCAUUUCACCUGUACCAUCAUUGAUCAGCAUCGUUGCAAGCGACGCCAGUGUCAUAGUGAGUGAUGUUGGUGGUAUCGUAUCAUCGAUUCUGUCAAAUGUCCCGAUCAUCACUGCUAUUCCGACCCUGCCAACCAUCUCACCUGUUCCAUCGCUUAUCAGCGUCAUUGCUAGCGAUGCAGGCGUCAUUGUGAGCAAUGUUGGCGACGUUGCAUCAUCUGUGCUAUCCAACCUGCCAACUAUCACACCCGUCCAGUCCAUCAUCAGCGUUGUCGCAAGCGAUCUGAGUGUCGUUGUUAGUGAUGUUGGCAAUGCUGCAUCAUCGGUCAUCGGGGGGCUUACGACUUUGCUCGAUGGCGUUCCGCAGAUCACCGCACUAUCCACGGUCACUGUUCCCAGUAUAGCACCAAUUUUGUCCGAAGGUGCUGGAGUCGUCAGCUCCCUCCUGGACGCCACAACUCUCAUCGGACCCGUCAUCACCGGUGGCGUAUCGUUGCCUACCAACCUUCCUAUCCCUACACUGGUAGAUCCUACAACUUUACUCGGAGCCACUACUCUGCUCGCGCCUAUCAUUACUGGUGUCGCAUCACUGCCGACUCUUGUCACAGUUGCACUUCCAUCGCCUACUUGUUUGACUUACGAUCAGCUACUCAACAUCUGCUUGGAUGCAGUGGCUACUUCUUCAGGCAAUGUGGGUGCUGGCAUUAAUGUCGGUCUGACCCUUGGUAGUAUCCCAAUUGUUGAAGCCUCGAUCACACUAGGCCUUGCUUCAACAGCCCUCCCGAGUGUGGACGUCGGAGUCUCACUUGGACCAAUCAGUGCUGGAGUCGGAUUAGGAACCAACGGUCUGAGUCUUGGCUUAGGUGGUUCUUCGCAGCCUACCACUGUCAUUUCAUUGCCAGCAGUGUCCGUAGGCAACAGCGGCAUUGGUGUUGCUAUCGGAAGCAGUACAGUCACCCUGUUAGAUCCUUCGGCCUCCUUGAAUAUCGUACCGUCUGUCAUCUCGAUCGGAUCGAGUGGUGUAGCAUUACCAUCAAGCAUCCCUAUCAGUUUGGAUCUUGGAAUUGGCUCCUCCACGAUUAUCUCGAUUGCGCCGAUAUUGUCCACCACUACAAUCCCAAUCUCGGUUGCACCCAUCGUCAGCGCUAUCGUCAACUCAGCCCUCAGCACUGAUAGCAGCGGCCUCGUUCUGCCAGACUUAUCUACAUCAGUUGGACUUCUACCAUCGGUGGUCUCGAGUGUGGCUCCUAUCCUGUCGCUCGGAUCUAGCAACAUCGCCAUCCUUCCAAGCUCUACAGUAAACAUCGUUCAGCUUCCAAGCUCUACACUGAGUUUGAACUUGCUUCCAAGCUCGUCCCUUGACCUUGGUCUCUCACCGAGCUCAACAAUCAGUAUUGUUCUACUUCCAAGCUCAACACUAAGUCUCAAUCUGCUCCCAAGCUCUACGCUCAAUCUUGGACUGACCCAAAGCUCAACGCUCCUCAACCUUGGCUUGACACAAAGCUCAACACUGUUGAAUCUUGGCUCGACACCGAGCUCGACCCUUCUUAAUGUUGAUUUGACACCUAGCUCUACUCUGAAUUUGGGACUUGGUCUGGGAGGAUCUGGAUCUAGUGCGACUGCAUCAUCAUCAGCAGUAUUCAUACGGACAUCGACUGCCACAUCCACUGCUACGAGCGCUGCUGGACUUGAUCUUGGACUUGGGGGCGUCGGACUAGGUGGUCAAUCAGGAUCGUCGACCUCGAUAGUUUCUUCGCGACCAGCAUCUACAUCUUCCUCGACCACGAACAGCGCGAUUGUUGUGGUACCAACCUCUUCACUUGUAGCAGUUGGGGCACUUCCGGUCGGCCAAUCAUCGUCCUCGAUACCGGUAUCUUCGACAUCCAUAUCAUCAUCGUCGUCGUCUACAAGGCCUACAUCCACCUCUGUAUCCACCUCUACCUCUAUAAGAGCCACAAGCACUAGUACUGCAGGCCUUGUUCAAGGCGUGGUUAGCGGAGUUGCAGGUGGGCUACGUCAAGUAGUACAUACACGCGCCCCCGCGCAUCAUGCUCAGAUGCCGACCAGACGUCCGAGAUUUACCACCGUUGUCAAGCCGAGCGACAGUCUCAAGCUGUAG